AUGGAUACGACUUUAAUAAACAACGAUGAUCAACAACUGAUUCAAAUGUCCGCAUUAUCAUCUGAAAAAUAUUCAAAAGAAAAUCAUAAUGAUCGUAUGUAUGAAAUAAACAAUUCAAAAGAUGGCGAAUCGAAAAUUAGUCAACAGACAUAUUUUAAACGAUUAUUUUCAUGGCCUAUUCAACUUCUAAGAUCAUUGCAUAAACCAUGUUUUUCCAAUCGUAGCCUACGUCAAAUAUUUUUGUUACUUAUUACAUUUAUUGGUUUCACUAGUUUUACAAUUGCACUCAUCGUAGGUUCAAGUACUGUACAAUUUAAACAACAAUGUCCACUUUAUGCUUCAUUUAAAUUUGAAACAUUAAGUACAACGAUAAGUAAUUGGACAGUUAAAAUUGAACCCGCAUCGGAAAAAUUUAGUUCACAGUCAACAUGUGACUUUUGCACAUUCUUUAAUGUUUGCACAUUUAUUUAUUGUAUUAUGACAGGGUUCUUUUUUGUUCUGUUUAAUGGUGAUCAAAGUGUGGUGGCAACAAAUGAUCGGUAUUUGAUCAUUCCGUGGUUUACAAUGUCAGUUAUUCUUGGUGUAUUAGCCCUAAUAAAUGCAUCUGUAUUAACAAAUGGCUUUUUAAAAUUUUGUACAACAAUCACAACAAAUAAUAGACAUAUUACUUCAUGUACUCAAUUGAAUCAAAUAUAUUUCGAACAAUACCCAAAUGUCUCAUUAUUCUUCGUCUAUAUGCUCGUCGCUAUAAUUGAAUCAUGGUUUCAACUAGCACUUUUUAUCGGUGUUAUAACUAUUCUUACUAUUCGUCUCAGUUCGUUAUUCGAAUGGAAUAGUCAUGAUCAUAAACAACUACGUGAAAACUCGUGUGGAACAAUUAUAUAA